AUGGGCCCAAAUCCUCUUAGGGUUAUUCUAGUGUCGGGGUCUCCUACUUAUCCCCAAAGUAUGAGCUCAAAAGCGACUGGAACAUUUUCACUGAAAAACAUUGUCUUUGAUGCACAUCCCGGAGAUCUUAUUUGUAUUAUUGGUCCAGUUGGAGCUGGCAAAAGUUCUCUUUUACAAACAUUAACAGGUGAAAUAGCUCACUUUGAUGGUAAAGUUCGAUUAUAUGGAUCAUUUAGUUAUGUUCCACAAGAACCAUGGAUAUUUUCAUCAUCAAUUAAAAAUAAUAUUCUUUUUGGUAAAGAAUAUGAUCAAAAACUAUUUCAACGUGUUAUCAAUGUUACUGCACUUGACACAGAUUUAAUUCAAUCCUCUCAUGGUGAAAAUACUCUUGUUGGUGAUCAAGGUAUUAUGUUAUCUGGUGGUCAAAAAGCAAGAGUAAAUAUGGCAAGAUCAUUGUAUCGUGAUAGUGAUAUAUAUUUAUUAGAUGAUCCACUUUCUGCUGUUGAUACUAAAGUGUCUAAACAUCUUUUUGAUAAAUCAAUUAAAAGUUAUCUUCGUGAUAAGAUUUGUAUUCUAGUCACUCAUCAAAUUCAGUUCUUACAAGAUGCAACUAAAAUUAUUGUUCUCAAUAAUGGUGAAAUGGUACAAAUGGGUACAUAUGAAGAAUUACUUUCAUCAUCAGUAUCAUUUGCUCGUUUACUUGAGGAUAUUAAUCAACAUAAACAAGAACAUGAAGAACAAUCAAAUACUUUAAUAAGACGACAUUCAAAGAUUGAUUCGAUUAGUUUAAUAGAAGACGAUGAAGAAGAUAUUAAGCCAUUACCAACAAAUAUUGAAAUAAAACAAGAAGGAAUAGUGAAAUGGGAUGUUUAUGUAUCAUAUCUUCAAGCUGGUAUUGGUGGAGUUUCAGGCUUUUUAUUAUUGUUAACUGUAUUCUGUGUACAACAAGCAAUGUCUCUAUAUAGUAACUGGUGGUUAGCAGAAUGGAGUAAUGAUGAAAGUCAUCGACAUCGUCUUUAUAAUAAUUGUACAAAUAUAAAUGAUACAAAAAUUAAUCGAAUACGUUUUAUGAGCGAUAAUGAAUGGAAUGAACAUCGAAAUCGACGAUUUUAUAUCUUUUGUGGUUAG